AUGCUGCCUCGCAUUUUGUGCGAGAAGCUGUGCUCGCUGCAGCCUCAGGUGGACCGCUUGGCGUUCUCGGUGGUGUGGCAGAUGAAUGUGGAUGGCACUCUGGUGGACGGGGUGGAGCCGUGGUUCGGCAAGUCGAUCAUCCGAUCGUGCUGUAAACUAGACUAUGGUUCCGCACAGAAGAUGCUGGACGGUGUCAUCUCCGCCGACAGCGUGGACGAGUGGGAAGAGGACCGGCGUCCGAUCCCCGGCGCGAACCCCAAUAUCACGAACGCGACGGUGAUCCAGAGCGUGAAGGACUUGUGGAGCAUUGGCGAGAAUCGGCGCGCGAUGCGUUUCGAGACUGGUGCUGUGAGCUUGAACGACGUGAAGCUGGUGUUUUCGUUGGAUGCGAAGGGCAACCCCACCCGGUACGGAUCGUACGAACUGAAGGACAGCAACCGUCUGGUUGAGGAGUACAUGCUGUUGGCGAAUUACUUGGUGGCUCAGCAGUUGCUUCGUGCCCACGGUCCGCUAGCGUUCCUCCGUCACCAUCCUCCUCCCGUGUCAAGGUCUUUAGACCUGGCGCUGGAGCAGCUGGGUAAAAGUGACAUCAAGGUGGAUGGUAGAUCAACGAAGCAGCUUACGGAGUCGCUAGAACGUGUUCGACAAGAUUGUGGCGAGACGACGUUUGCCAUCGCGCAGGCGUUGAUCAUCAAACCCAUGAAGCCUGCUGAGUACAUGGUUGCGGGUAAUGGCGCAUCCCCAGAAUCUUGGCGUCACUACGCCCUGAACAUUCCAUACUACACUCACUUCACGUCGCCUAUUCGCCGGUAUGCCGACGUCGUGGUGCAUCGCCUGCUCCAAGAGAGUAUAGUGGGUGCCGCGUCGCUUGAAUCUGAGACCGAGGACCCGGAAUCCAAGAUGGUGGAGUUUACCUCGGUUGCGCAAAACUGUAACGAGAAGAAGAUGACGUCCAAGAAUGCGGAGAAGGAGUGUGACAAGGUCUUCUUGUGUGCAUACGUACAGAAUCACGGUGAUGUUGAAGUAACUGGCGUCGUGCUGAGCAUGGGCCAAAAGAGCUUCACGGUGUACAUUUUGGAGCUUGGACAAGAGCAGCGCCUAUUUCUCCAGGAGCUUCACAUGCGUGGUUCGUGGAAUGAGAAAACAUCGCAGCUUUCGAUCAGACUGCCAGCCACGCAGGUGAAGGCGGAGAAGGAUGCCGAGGCGGGCGAUGAUGAGAAUCAAGAAGAUGCUUCAAGCAAGAAGUCAAAAGCAAAACUCCAGUCGGAUAUGAUCAAGUUGACAUUUAUGAAGCAGCUACGGAUGCGUAUGUCCACGACAAAGAAGAUGCCGCUGGCGCUGACAUUCGCAGUGAUCGGAGAAAAAAAUUAG